AUGAUCGCCUCCGCCGCCAGGAAGGGGCCGGAGGGCAGAUACCCGCUGCACUACCUGGUGUGGCACAACCGUUACCGAGAGCUAGAGAGAGAGGUCCGCGGCGGCCAGGUGGAUAUUGAGCAACUGGAUCCCCGAGGCCGGACUCCACUGCAUCUGGCUACCACAUUGGGACAUUUGGAGUGUGCCCGGGUGCUCCUGGCACACGGCGCGGACGUGGGCAGGGAGAACCGCAGUGGCUGGACAGUGCUCCAGGAGGCUGUGAGCACUCGAGAUCUAGAACUGGUACAGCUCGUGUUACGGUACCGGGACUACCAGCGGGCCAUGAAGAGGCUGGCAGGUGUGCCUGUGCUCUUGGAGAAACUCCGAAAGGCCCAGGAUUUCUACGUGGAAAUGAAAUGGGAAUUCACCAGCUGGGUGCCCCUGGUGUCUAAGAUCUGCCCCAGCGACACCUACAAGGUCUGGAAGAGCGGGCAGAACCUUCGAGUGGACACCACGCUCCUCGGUUUUGACCACAUGACGUGGCAGCGGGGAAACCGUAGCUUCGUCUUCAGGGGUCAAGACACAAGUGCAGUGGUGAUGGAGAUCGACCAUGACCGGCGAGUGGUCUACACGGAGACCCUGGCACUGGCUGCCCACGACCGUGAUGUACUGCUGGCUGCUGUCCAGCCUACAGAAGAGCAGGUGCUCAGCCGCCUCACUGCACCCGUUGUCACCACCCAGCUGGACACCAAGAACAUCUCCUUUGAGAGAAAUAAAACAGGCAUCUUGGGCUGGCGCAGCGAGAAGACUGAAAUGGUGAACGGCUAUGAGGCUAAGGUGUACGGUGCGUCCAAUGUGGAGCUCAUCACCCGAACCCGGACAGAGCAUUUGUCAGAACAGCACAAAGGCAAGAUUAAAGGGAGCAAGACCCCACUGCAGUCCUUCCUGGGCAUUGCUGAGCAGCACGGGGGGCCCAAUAAUGGGACCCUGAUCACUCAGACGCUGAGCCAUACCAACCCCACCGCCAUCACAGCAGAGGAGUAUUUCAACCCCAGCUUCGAGCUUGGUAACCGGGACAUGGGGCGGCCCAUGGAGCUCACCACCAAGACCCAGAAGUUCAAAGCCAAACUAUGGCUAUGUGAGGAGCACCCACUGUCCCUGUGUGAGCAGGUGGCUCCCAUCAUCGACCUCAUGGCCAUCAGCAAUGCCCUCUUCGCCAAGCUCCGAGACUUCAUCACCUUGCGCCUGCCUCCUGGUUUUCCUGUCAAGAUUGAAAUCCCCAUCUUCCACAUCCUUAAUGCCCGAAUCACGUUCGGGAACCUCAAUGGCUGUGAUGAGCCUGUGACUUCUGUCCGAGGCAGCCCUAGCAGCGAAGCCCCAUCCCCCAGCAGCGACAACUCCAGCAUCAGCAGCUCCAGUUCCAUGACGUCAUGCCGAGGCUGUGAGAUCGCACCCUCCCUGUUCGAGGCGCCUCGGGGGUACAGUGUCCUAGGCAGCCAGAGGGAGCCAGGCCGAGAGGAAGAGGAUGAUUUGCUGCAGUUUGCCAUCCAGCAGAGCCUGUUAGAGGCAGGCAGUGAAUAUGACCAGGUCACCAUCUGGGAAGCGCUGACCAAUAGCAAGCCUGGCACCCACCCCAUGUCCCAGGAAGGCCGAAGGCCAGACAGGCCCCCCCAGCACACUCCCCAGCGGCAGCCCGGCCCCCCGGUCCCCCCAGCCUCCGCCCCCAGCCCUGGCCGCCCCGGCCACGUCUUCCCUAGCUACGAUGAGCAACUUCGUCUGGCCAUGGAGCUGUCGGCCCAGGAACAGGAGGAGGCCGAACGGCGGGAGCGCCAGGAGGAGGAAGAGUUCAAGAGGAUCCUUCAGUUGUCGCUGACUGAGCAGUAG